UUCCGUGUUUACAAUUUUUGUGACAUUAUUUGCUUAAAAAGCAUUAAAACGUCAAUAUUGCUGCUUAGAUCAGCAUAAUGAGAUCAGAUUAAUCAAGAAAUAACUCUUUAGUUACCAUGGAAACAGAUAAAGCUGACCUGAUCCCUGAUGUUUUAAUAAAGGAUGGGGAUAGUGAUGGGGGGAGUUCCAGCGCCAUCGCCAGUGGGCUGAAUUCAAACUCCUCCCCCAUGCGCACUCUUCCCCGGCUGCGCAAUCAAUCUCAUCAGCCUCUGAGUUCUACAGCAUCCACGUCAAUCAAGGCGGGAUCAAGCAGCCCGCUGAUGAGUACCCCUCGACGUAGUCCCGCACCUGGGGCAUGUGAACAUCACCAACAGUAUGGUGGAUUGGCCGGGGCCUUGGGUUACAAUAGCAGCAAUAUGAACAUGGCAUCUUUUCCACCAGGAAGUAUUGCAGCAGGAGCCGUCCAGUGCCUCGGAUGUGCAUCAGCGGCUGCUGUGAAUGUGCCAACGUCGACUUUGGAUUCCAUAAUGUCAAAAGGAACGAUUGGGUCACGUCCCCGUGCAGAUAGUGACCACUACUAUGGCGAUGCCAGUUUGAAUAUAGCUGGCAAGUCACUACCAGGGGAAAUGAGAGGAUACAGCAUCAAACAGUCGAGACCAAUUCCGUUCUGUUUGUGGUUCCCGCUGGCAAAAUCACUCGGGAUAAAACUCCACGAAAAUGACAAACCAUGGUUUGGGACAAUCAUUUAUGUUCUGACGCUAACAUUCGCGCUGACCUUUGCUGCAGCGAACAUCUGGUUUCUUGUGUAUGACAUCAUUAGCAUCACAACUCGACAGACAGUUCUCACAGGCACUGUGGAAAUGCUAAUUGUCAUUGGCUGGAGUUCUUUGGGUGUGUACGCUAACGGACUAGCAUACAACUUGUUCACAAACAAACCUAUGCUGCAGAGCGUCCGGAUGCAUUCAAAGACGAUCUUCAAAAUCAAUUCGGCAGGUCUCAUGGCAAUUCUUGGUGUCAUUUUCAUCACACUGAACAAUUAUUCAAACUUUGAGGAGUUUUACGAGCACAGCUGUACAAAGUUAGGUGUAAAUCCCUGGGUUUGUCACCUAAAGUAUGCAGCCAGAAUGGGACAUUCCAUAUUGAGCUUGGUAUGGAACCUGUUAGUUGGGAUCGUGGUUCUGUCGGUGUGUAGGACACACACUAUAGGUAUUCGUCGGUUCAUCAGAGAUUUAGAAGAAGAUGGUCUGAUGUAUAUCCAGUAUACUCGGGAUGUCAUCCACAAUGGUCACAGUCGUAUUGAUGAUAUAAUGCAUAACUUCGAUACAGAUGUAGUUAACUUCGGCAACAGUGCAGAAUGGAUAGAGAUGAACUCUUUUAUAAGAGCUUUCCCUGACGAUAGCGAAGACUGGGAAGAGAUGAGCACGAUGGAAAAUGACAUUCAACGCUCCGUCUAUGUGGGUUCCGAUCACAGCUCCUCUCGACGAAACAGUGUCUCUCCUCGACGACAGUCUGAAACUCCCAAACCUCGAACACGCAAUGUGACAGUCUCGGACAAUCCGCCAGUCAUCAAAGUUCUAGACAAGACGGCCCGUUCUAUUAGUAGUCCCGGCGACACGCCGACGGCUUGUGGAAGUGUCGAUACCAACCCUUCCAUGGUCAAUCUUGUUAUUCCUGACCCACCGUCGCAGAUUUCCCAGGUGUCUAAGGGAUCAUCCAACCAGGAGUCUGCAAUCGCAUCUACGAGGGUUGAGCUUGGUAGUCCGCGGCAGAUGCCAAGCCCGGACAGUACAGACCUCAACAUGUCCAUCGAACAAGACCAAUUUGCCGUGAUGCCAAACUGUUUUACAGCGGAAGAUAUUUUACUCAGCUACUGGAAGAUUUCAUGUCGACUCCGGACCACAUCGCGCAUCAUGCAGCGAUGGCUGGCCAGCUGGAUAACCUUCAUCAUCUUUUACGACCUGACCUACAUCAUCUAUUGGCUGAACCAUGCUGCCACGUUUAUUGGAAUCGCAGAGUUCAUCAUCCCGUUACUACUACUCCCUUUGGUUUGUUCUGCGUAUGCCGAGGUGAACUUUGAGGGGCAGAGGAUGUUGAGGUGUAUCUGCCCGACGGAGAACCGUAUUAAGAUGUUGUACUACAUGAACCUGCAACCCCUCAGGAUGACAUUGUAUGGCUUUGCCGUCUCUUAUCAAGUUAUCCUGUCAGUCGUUGGGGCUGUGGGCGUUGCAUUUGCCACCAAGGUUGUUUUGGAUGAGCUCAAUUUUAAACUCUAAACAGGGUGGUUUUUAUUCUUCUCCUUUCCUACCCCUUGCAGCUUGUAACAUUGACGAUGUUGUACAAAAUUGAUGAGGUUUUCUUGAAGAAAAUGCUAAACUUCUGUUGUGACACCCAGUGCAAAUUUUACUUUCAUCUUACGGGCUGUCUGUAGAUGGAAGGUGACGAUAUGACAUGAGUGAAGGGAAAUUCAGGGCCCCUCGAAACACUUUCUAGUUCUUUCUCUACCCUCGUUCAGUUAUGCAUGCGAAUGCACAUUGAUAAUUUAUUCAUGCGCAUGCGUCACUGUGAACUUUUAGUCCACUGCGGUGCUUAUUCAGAGUUCUGAAAGGAAAAUAGCUGGCCCCUAACGUCCUCCCAUAGCUCAGUGAUAUAGAUUUUAACUGUGAUUAACUUAGCUUUGCGUAAAUAUUUGCUGCAUUUCCUAUGAAUCAAAAUGUCUGCUUUUAUGUUUAUUUCACUGUGGAGAAAUGUACUGUCAGACUAGACUGCAGAACAGGACAAUUUCACCGAUAUUUUUUAUCCCUUUGACCAAAAAUUUUGGUAAGACUUGACAGCUUUCCUCAAAUGUUCCAGCCAACAUUGAGGGCUUUUUAAACGUUCACGUUUGUGACUAAUAGGCUUCUGACACUUAGGCAUGUAGUACUGUCACAGCUCUGCCAAUAACACUCAGUCGAACCUCCUAAACUAAAGACACUUCUCAGAAAUUAGACCCUAGAUUCAAUCAAAGUUCUUAUUUUCUACUGAAUUCAAUUCCGAUAACCAGGACGACUGUCCUUACGAAUGUUAACCCAAGGAUGUCCAGGGUUGGGAGGUUCGAUUUUUGGAAGAAUCCGGCAUCACCAGGCACAUUUCUCCUGACAAACUACCUCAGCUUCUGGUGACGGUUUCAUGCACUUUCUAUGCCAGCCUGGAGGUGCCUCCGAUUCUUGUGUUCAUGUCAUUAAAGGCUUAAUCCGUUCAUGUUCAUCGUAUUUUCAAGUGCCACAAGAAAAUAAACGAACAUUGCCGAUGUACAGUAACCAGAUAUGUCAAUGCGAUGAAAAUUGACCAUAAUGGUACAUGUAUUGUAUAUAUCUAUCAAUUUUCACAUGAAUAAACUUUACUUGGCACUCACUGAGUAGAAUUUGGUAAUGAAUAAUGAUUGGUCUUCAUCUUGGAAGAGUAUUUUAGGUUGUAUAGAAAUGAAUGGAAUGAAUGUUUGAAUUAGGACCAGUAGCAUUCAAACAGAUGAUGCGAUUUGAUGAUCAUGGAUUGUGCAAUACGUGUUGAGAUUUUGAGAUUGUGAUGUGAUGUUAGAGACGUAGCAGAAUGUUACCGAGGGCAAAAAUCGAUCCGUUCACAUCAAGAGUACUGUUCAUGUAUUUUACUGAAUCGUUCCUAUUUAGGCGGUCCAGAAUAAUUUAUCAAAGUUUCAGUGAGGCUGAAUUGUGAAAUGAAAUAAAGGAAUAUUGUGAUACA